GGCAGGUACGUUUCGGAUUUCCGCCACGUACCGUGUUAUUGCCUUUACGAAUUGCAAACGCACAUGCAGAAAAUAAAACAGGAGGAGUGCAGUUGGUAUGUGAGUAUUAAAAAAAAAAAAAAAAAAAAAAAAAACAAGAUGAAUACGAGACCAACUGUGUGAAACAAAAUGGUUGUUCCAGAUUCAUUUGCAAUUUUGGCGUAAAUUUAAUAGCUUUGUGUUAAACUAAACAGGCCCAGAUUUCACACUAAGUUUGUCAUUAUUUCAGUAUACAGUACUGGAUAUACUUUUAGUUUUUUUUCUAUUUAGUGAGCUUUUUCUAAUGUAAAAUAUUUGCAUGGGCCCAAAGAAAAGAGAUUUGGAAACACUGAUCGAGAGGACAAUGUGUUUCGCCCAUCUCAGACCUCUGUUAAUAUUAUUCCUGCAACAAUACUGUUGUGCAAUUGCGCAAUCAAUGGAUUGUUGGCCUUUACGUUUUUUUUUUUUUCUUCUGAAUGCAAAAAAUGUGUGCAUAUUGUUGGUAUUUGGUUUCAGGAAUGGUUGAGAGGUCACAUUUCAUCGCAUGUUAACACAUUUUUUUUUUUUUUUUUUUUUUAUCGUAAUCUAAUUAAGUAAUCACACAAAUUUUAUGCAUCGAUAACAUUCAAAUGGAAUGACGUCCAGUGACUACAGCACAGUUCUACGUUACUCUUGAGUAACAACUGCCGAACUGGCUUGACAUGGGUGAUAAAGAGUGACCUUUUAUUUUGUUACAGUCUCUGACCAGACAAUAAAAAAAGAAGAAAAAAAAAAAAGGAUCUUUGAUUUGAUACGCAGGAGGUGAGAAGUGACUUGCAUUCUCCUCUUCUCCGCUGUUAGGUGUCCACCUGCGGAGUAUGCACAACUUCAUCCAUGCGGUGCAGCAGGUGGAAGAGUCCAACCCGGGUCUGUCCCCCUUGGCGCUGGUCAGGGCCCUGCGCAGGACCGCCGGCCACGACGACGCCAUGACGAUCCACUUCCUGGGUGCUUCUAAUUACCUCACAGACGCCGUGGGGCUAGAGACGGCCAUCCUCAACGCCUCGUCCUUCAGCUUUUUUGACAAGGCCGUCCACCACAUCGUGACAGACAGCGGCGAGGAGCGAGGCGUGGCGCUCGCCCCGGACGGCACCACGGUCGCCCUGGCGCCUUUGCUUCUGGGGAUCGAAUCUGGACUCAAAGCCAAGCAGGAAGCGACCUCGGCCGUCGGGCUCUUUCCGCUCACCUUGGGAAGGACGCUCGGGUUAUCCUUCCUCAGCCUCCAGGACAUCCCGGUGUCUCAUCGCCUGGGGCCCGACGGGUGCUGGGACAGUGUGGAGCGCCCCAAGGUGUUCAAACUGUCUUGGCCCGCCACCCUGGCCACCGACGCAGUUAUUCACGGCGGUAUGGAUGGCGUAAUACUGGGCACGGGUAUCAGCCAACUACCCAAAUCGGACGAGCCGCACGCUCUUAGUGAGAUCCUGAAGGAAUAUUAUAGUUUUACCCUGCAUGCGGGCCAGGGUCUCGAUACCUUGUCCAGACACGUUAGUCCAACGCGAAGGGAGCUCUCUCGAUCUAUUCUGGAGCCGCUUGACCUCCAGGUGGAGGUGAUGGACACGCUCGCACUGGUCUGGGGGUUGGAGAAGACUGAGUGGAUCGCUCUGGACAGUGGAGUCAACAAGGCAGUGAAGGAAGGACUAGAGGCAUUUGUGCACAAGUACUGGGAUUGUCCUCAAAUCAUCUCUCGCUGCCAGUGGAGGGCGAAGGCUCCCAAGGAAACCCCCACCCCGCUGUCUUUGCCCCUGGGCUUUGUCUACGUUCACCACACCUACGAGCCCUCGCAGCCCUGCCUGUCCUUCCCAGCGUGCUCCCAGGACAUGCGAGCCAUGCAGCGCUUCCACCAGGACGUCCGCAACUGGAGCGAUAUCGGAUACAGCUUCGUGGUGGGCUCGGACGGUUACGUCUACGAAGGCCGGGGCUGGAACCUCCUCGGCACGCACACGCGAGGACACAACAACCUCGGCUACGGCGUGUCGGUCAUUGGCGACUACACGUCCGCUCUUCCGUCGCGUCACGCCACGGACCUUCUACGCCAUCGCUUGACACGCUGCGCGGUGGACGGAAGGAGGCUCGUGGCCAACUACACCGUCCGUGGCCACAGGCAGAUGGUCAACUACACUUCCUGCCCCGGGGACGCCUUCUUUUCUGAAAUAACGCGCUGGGACCAUUUCAGACACUGACAUUUUUGGUUACACUGCUCAUGAGACCACACAACGGACUCGUGGCCAUUCCCUUAUGGCAAAUUUCAACUCCAAAAGAAACCAAAUUCAUCAUGACCAAUAGGUUUUUUUCCGCAGCAUACGAAUUGGAUUUUGCUGGCAUUUUUUGAGUUUCAUCCGUUUUUAACUGGUUUAAAGUACAGUGGACCCCCACGAUUCGCGUGGGAUUGGGGCCGCGAAUAGCCAAACUCCACGGAUAAUUGAUGCCCUUUAUAGUGGUAUUAGAAAUACAACCCCAAUUCCAAUGAAGUUGGGACGCUGUGUUAAACAUACAUAAAAACAGAAUACAAUGAUUUGCAAAUCAUGU